UCACCAGCUUCUUUCACUGCAGCAACUGCAUACUCUACGCAUCCAUCAAGACAAAAACACCAACCAAAUAAUCAACCAUGGUUUCCGUCCGCGCCCUCGUCAUCCUCCUGAUCGCCGCCGUCAUCCUGAGCGUUGAUGCAUACCGCAAGCCACCCUUCAACGGCAGCAUCUUCGGCAAGCGUUCCGGCACCGCGAUCGAAUAUGAAAAUACCGGCCGUGCCCUGAACGCGAUGUGCGAAAUUGCCAGCGAGGCCUGCGGAUCGUGGUUCCCUCAGCAAGAGUCCAACUGAAGAUAUGCAACUCCAAUAAACUCUCCGCCAGCAAAACUAUACUUCCAGCUUACCGACGUUACUAGAUUUAUUGAUUACAACGCUUCCACUUGAUAUUAUGUAUUAUUAUUAUUCCAAUAUUUAACAUUGCCGGUGUAUGUAAAUGCGAUCUAGCAAACUUUCUCGUAUAUUAUAAUAUAACAUG